CUGCAUCUCCAUAGUGCGGCAUCCACUGAGAUCUUCACUUUCCAUUAAGCAUCCAAAAACUCCCAUUCCACUCCUCUAUAAAGUGAUUGAAGCAAACCAGAAAGGAGAAAAUCGACCACACAGUAACAAAAAAAAUGGAGCAGAAGUACUCCAUUUUCCUCUUCUCCUUCCUCGUAAUAAUCAUGACCUUAUUCUUAUAUCUGAGCAACAACACGGUUUCAUCAUCUUCUUCUUCUUUCAGAUGCAAUGGUUCAAUAGUAGAGUGCAGUGAAGAUUACGAGUUGUUGAUGGAAUCGGAAAUCAGCAGAAGGAUUCUUGAACAGAAGAAAUAUAUAUCACCUGGUGCACUGAAGCGAGAUGAACCAGUUUGUAAUGGUGGUGCUAGUGGCCAGUCUUAUAGCAGCAGUUGUUUGCCUCCCUCUUCCAAUCCUGAAACUCGUGGUUGUUCUAAGUACUACCGUUGUAGGUCUGAUUCUUGAUGAAUCUAAUUAAGCUGUUUUUUUUUUUAA